UACUGUACACAUAGCCUUACCUCAACUGAAGUGUUUUCUAAGAACAUUUAACGUGGUUCGGGAAAGUGAACGGAGUUGCUAAGUGGAGAGUUUUCUUUCUCUAAUUAAUUUGCUGGAUAUUAUUUUAUUGGCGGAUCAUAAUAGGUCAUGUUAAUGCUAAAUUGAAACAGCAAAAGUCCACUGCUAGGUUGCUUUUGAAAAGAGCCCUUGUGUUCAGAAGAAACCGAAAACCCCCCAGUAAGGUUGCACGUUUUACAUGCACCGCACAUUCAUACAUUUGGAGGCGUGUUCGCUUGUAGUCCAAAGCGGGCCUGUGAAUCUGCAACACAGAAACACUGAAGAUAGUUACAAAAAUGGCGGCUGGAGCGACGAGCGGCCACGGUGGUCGUGGCUCGUCGGCCACUUUGGAGUCAUCUUUGGACCGCCGAUUUCAAGGAGUGACUAACACAAUGGAAUCAAUACAAGGAUUAUCCACCUGGUGCAUCGAAAACAAGAAAUACCACAGUUUGAUCGUGCGGUACUGGAUGAAAUGGUUGAGAAAAUCUGAAGCGGCUCACAGACUCAACCUCUUCUACCUCGCCAAUGAUGUCAUUCAGAACUGCAAGAGGAAGAAUGCCAUCGUCUACCGCAACUCCUUCGCCGAGGUUCUGCCGGAGGCCGCCCUGCUGGUCAAAGACGCCAAAGUGCGCAAGUCCGUGGAGCGGAUCUUCUCCAUCUGGGAGGAGAGGAGCGUCUACCCCGAGGAGCUCAUUUCGGAGCUGAAGGCCGGCCUGGUGAAGAAGGAGCCGCCUCCAGCGCCUGUCAACCCCAAAGCUGCGCUGAAGUCCAAGAUAGUAGCGGAGUUUGCACCUCAGACGUUUAUCGAGCAGCUCUCGGUGUAUAAGAGGUCUGUGGAGGAGGCGGAGCUGAAGGAGAAGCAGCUCGCUGCUUUGAGAGUGGACGUGUGCAGCACAGAGGCGCUGAAGAGGCUCAAAGACAAGGCAGGGGGCAAGAAGUUCUCGAAGGACUUUGAGGAGGGCAGCGCGAAGCUCCAGGAGUUUGUGGGCUUCUUGGAGCAGCAGAUGAAAGGAGGGCCCCCCCUGCUGGAGGCUCUGGGCAAUGCGGACGUGUUCUACGAGAUGCAGUACAAGGAGGUCAAAAUUGUCGCCAAUGCUUACAAGACCUUUGCCAACCGCGUGUCGAACCUCAAACGCAAGCUGGACGCCCUGAAGGCCACCCUCCCCGACCCCGACGACUCUCCCAUCCCCUCCCCCUCCGAGGACGCCCCCUCCCCGACGGGGUCCGAGUCCCCCUUCCACGGCAUGGGGGUCGUGGGGGCCAAGGGGGAGGGGCCGACGGGCGCGGCCAACAUGACGGACAUGGACCUCGACGGGCAGGCCAUGGACGACGGAGACGAGGCGGGCAUCGCCCUGGGGGACGUCCCCAGCCCGCUGUCCUCCCCCGGCGGGUCCCACGGCCCCGCCCACGGAGAGGGGGACAACAGGGACGUGGAGGACAUGGAGCUCUCUGAGGGGGAGGAGACGGAGAACACCAGCAUCAUCGUAGAGGAGAGAAGGGAGAAGCCAGCCCCCAUUGCUGUGUCCAAGCCCACUCCCGCUGCAGCUGCUGCCGCUGCCGCUGCCCCUGCUGCUACUGCUGCUACUGCUGUUCCCCCACCCCUGUGCAUCUCUGAGGAACCCCCUGCCAAACAGGCUGCGCCUCCUGCCACUCCAACCGCAACCCCCACCGUCAUCCCCACCCCCGCCCCUACCCCCACCCCAGCCCCUACCCCCGCCCCCAACACCCCCGGGACGCCCGCAACCGCCCUCCCUGUGAACCUGGCCAACGUGGACCUGGGCAAGAUCAGCUCCAUCCUCAGCAGCCUCACUUCUGUGAUGAAGAGCACCGGCGUGAGUCCGGUGUCCCGUCCCUCCCCGGGGACCCCCACCACCCCCUCUGCCCACGGCUCGGUCCACAAGCCCCCCGUCCAGUCACCGGGAACGCCCCAAGCUGCUAACCCCCUAGCCAGCAUCCUGUCCCGGGUGGACAUCACCCCUGAGGGGAUCCUCAGCGCCCUGUCCAAAUCGCAGGGGCAGAGUGCCGGGCUGCAGGGUCUGUCCUCCCUCCUGCACAGUGUGGCUGGAAACGCCUCCUCCACGGCCAGCAAAGAGCGGCCCCCCAAUUCCAGCGCCGCCCCGCCCCCUCUGGGGCACGGCUACUCCGCCCCCGAGGCCGCCCCUUCCCCACUGCCCGCUGCGGCGGGCAAGGCCCCGGCCACGCCCACAACGCCCAAACAAAAACCCCCGCCGGGCAGCAGCUACAGGCGCGAGCUGGACCGGGAGCGGGGGAGGGAGCCGGAGAAGGAGAGGGACUCCGUGGCCCCCGUCCCCGCCUCCCCCUCCAGCCUGGAGUCCAAGAUCCACAAGUUCCUGCAGGGGAACCCCGGAUUCAGCGCCCUGAACCUCAGCAUCCCCAUCCUGGGCGGGGGGCCGGGGGGCGGCGGCGGCGGCGACAGCCCCCUGCUGGGCUCGGAGAACGUGGACGGGACCCCCGUGCGGGACGAGACGGGGGGCACCCCCACUCAGGACGAGAUCAUGGACAAGCCCGGCUCCGAGCCGCUGGCUCUGCUGGCGGACCCCGGGCCCUUAGGGGGGGCGAAGGCGCGGUCCUCGUCCGCGGGCCACGACCUCUCCCCCACCGCCUACCGCAGCGGCUCCUGGGACGGCUCCGCCUCGCCCCGCGCGCUGUUCGGGCCGGGCGAGGGCCGCGACGGGGACUACCGCUCCGCCCGCUACCCGGCCUUCGGCGCCGACAAGAAGCCCGACAAGAAGCCGGCGAAGUCCGCCCUCAAGUCCAAAGGGGAGGACGCGGCGAAGAGGAAGAUGGCGGGUUCCGCGUCUUCGUCGACGUCCUUGUCGUCCUCCUCCUCCUCCGGCGCCCACCAAGAUUCGAAGCCCGCCCACGCGAAGGCCAGGAAGGACGGGCACGGGGGCGGGAACAACCUGGGCAAGCCCGCCUUCUACGACGGAGGGGGCGGAGAGAGGAGAGCGUCCGCGGGGAGCGAGCCCCACCCUCAUCACUCCCUCGCCCCCUCCGAGCGGCCCAAGGGCGGCGGGGCCCGGAAGGCGGGCGGCGGCCCGGAAGAGGGGAGCAAAGAGAGGGAGGGAGAGGGGGAGGGGGGAAAGGAGAAGGGGCCGGGGAGCGCCUCCCCCGUGCACCGGAUCGAAACCCUGGUGUCUCCCUGCGGGGAGGGCGCCCCCAUAGAGACGCUGGGGUACAGCAACCGCCGCAUGUCCGGGGAGAGGAUUCAGACCGUGGAGAGCAUCCGCGUGAUUGGCCGAGGCACGCGAGCUCACCCCAGAGGAGGCGGGGCCGGGGCGAGGCCGAGCCCCACGGGAGCCAGCUGGUACGACGAGGCCUACAUGGAGGGCCCGCCCCCUCCCAGCUCCCCUCCCCCUCCCAUCCCACAGCCGCCUCCUCCCCCCAUCCCGCAGCCGCCGCCCCCGCCGCGGGACUUCCUGUCUCCGCCCUCGGCGGUCAUGGUCGGCGGCGUGCUGGUGCCGGUCGACCGCGUUCUGCCCUUCCCUCCCCCCAGGCCCGACGGGGGGGAGCGAGGGGGCGUGGCCAGCGGCGGGGGCUCCGGGGGCUCGGCCAAUCCGGGCCCCCACUGCCCGCCGCCGCUCAUGUCCUCCCUGCUGGGCGAACCCCCGCAGUUUAAAGAGCUGCCCCGCCCGGGCACAGUCAAAGAGCAUUUCCCCCCCCGCCACGCCCCUCCUCUCCACCGCCCCGGCACCCCCGGGGCCCCCCCUCCCCUGCUGGGCCGAGUGAGGGAGGGUCCCAGCCCCCCGCCGUCCUCCGCCGCCUCCUCAGCACCCCCCUCGCCCUCCGGCGACCCCCCUCCCCUCCUCCUACCCCCAAACCGCCACCCCGCCCCUGCUGCGCCGGGGCAGCAGAACCAGCGGCCCCCGGCCAGCCCCCCCGCUCAGCCCCGUAACCACCGACGGCCCUCCUCCCCCCUCUCCCUCCUGCGCCUGCCCACCCCCAGCCCCAGACCCCACCUCCGCCCGCCCCACCCCGCCCCCCUCCCUCAGAGACAGUUCCUCCGCGGUCGACCGCCUCAUCCCCUGCGCCCCCCCCUCUUUGACCGAGACCCUCCCUUCCAUGGGGGCAAGAGGCCUGGCCCGCCGUUCACCGGGGCCCCUGGGGGAGGGGUAGGGGGGGGUAGUCCAUUCUAUCCUCCCAAAAGACCUUUCUUACCCCCACGCUACUGAAUUAUCAAAAACACAAUUCAUGGGGGAGAAAAGUCUGCCUAAUAUUUAACAACGGGUGAGAGGUUAUUCUAGAAAACAAAAACAAACCUCCCUAAUAUUUCAGUCAGAUAUGAACCUUCCAGGUCACAAAGCUAGCCCCCUGUGUGCUACGUGUAGGCAUCACAUUGUUACACAUACGUUCUCCCAUCUCUCACUAGUGUCCUCGCACUGCUGUGCAUAGGGUGUGCUCUCAUAUAAUUUAAGUAUUACUCUCGUGGCCUUCCCCUCCCACCUCCAGGGCCCGGAGAAACUGCUCACUCCUCUCGAGCUCGAGGGGGGAAGUGAAAGGGGGAGGAUGGAAGGAUGAUCUAGAAGGAAGAGGGGUGGCAGUCUGGAGGAUUUGAGAAAAACAAGGUGGUUAUUUAAUUCAGUUUGACUCCUAAUUUGCCUUCCUUUUGUCUUAUUAAAGCUACUGGUCGACAUUAGUAAGACAGUCUGAGGUUAGGCUGGGGCAGAACAGGCCUGUUUCACGUUUGGAUGUGGUAUGAAGUUUGAGUUCAAGAAGCGAUUUUCUCCCUGCAUUUCAGUUAUUUAUUUAUGUUUUUGUCUACAUGGGUUUUGCCCUGGUGUGAGUGUAAUACAGUUCUAGGUAGAAGUUUUUUUCUUCUUCAAAACAGGCUUUUACUGAACCACAUUGUUACAGAUGGGGAAUGUAUCAAACCAUCCUCUCAAAUAACCAUCUCUUGAGUUUUGAAAAUUCAUACUGAAAACCCUACCUCUCCAUCCCCUUCCAGUAGUCCUGUCCAUUUUCCUAACUGUAAAAUAAUGUAUAUAACAAUAGUUUAGUCUCUCUCCCCUUCUGUAUAUUUCAACACUUAUGAAUAUAUAGAUCAAAAGGGGGUAGGUUGUGUAAGUCCUCAGAUUUACUUCUAUUGUCUGCAAUUACUGUUUUGUAGCUGGGGGCAAAUGGAUUACAAUCAUCACUAUUACAAUUGUUGUUAUCAUGAUUGUGAAGCGCUAGGUCAAGCAUAAGUGUAAGAGAAACCUGUUAAAUCUGUACAUAGUGUAAAUACUGCUCGUCUGCUCUCUUACCAUCUCUCGGCUCUGAGUGAAAAGAAGAUGGUUUAAGUUUGCCUACGAAGGAAGAAAACACUAUCAUGGAGAGAAAACGUGUAAUAUUCAGUUGACGUUACGCGUGAGAGCGAUGCAUUAUAGAAAGGUAAUUAAGAGGGAAUCAACAAGCUAAUAAACUUACUAGGAGGGUGCUUUGAGAUUCAAAAAAGGAAAAAAAAAAGAAAAGAAAAAAAUAUCUCUUCCAGCGCUCAUGAGGCUUUUACAUGUACUGACUUUAAUAAAAACCAGAGUUUGAAAACACCCAGGAGAGGAUAUUUUCUUUACAGUCAUGGUUGUUCUUAUGAUCGCCAUUAUCAUGACUAACUACUGUGCUGGUUUUUGUAAUGAGGGUUUGUAUAUAGUUUUGUUUUCAUUUUCUUUUCUUUUUUUUUCUUUUUUUGACUGUCAUUAUCACAACUGCUUGUUCUGGUUGUUUUAUACUUCCUUGCCGAUGUUUUAAUGUACAUUUAUGCCUUUGUGUGUCCUUUGAUGUCACCGCAGUAAAGUUUGGACAAGAGAUGUACAGUUCUGAAUGGUGUGCCUGAAACGAGAGGCAGGUGUGCGCAGCUGCUGCAGGCCGUCUGCGCAGCUGCGCAGCCGAGACUCCUGCCUCCAUCAUGUGUUCUGACCCCCCACCCCCCGACCCUUUAAUCUUCUCUUUCGCUCUCACUUUCUCUUCUGUUUGUUCUCUGUGUUUUCCACUUUAGCUGAGUUCUUGAUGUCUUUUCUGCCUUGUGUUUCUUUCCGUUUUACCCUCAUUCUACAACCCCAGUCUCUCUCUCUGUCUUUUUGUGUUCUGCUGUCUGCUGUGUAUCUCUUUGUCUCUGUCUGUUUCUCUAUCGGAUCUAACAUAAGUACACAAUAUGAUAAUGUGAUGAAGCACCAGUGAAGAAGCCCUUGUUCAUUUCUGAAAUUGUCAUAAACACAAACUGGGCAUAA